UGCAUAUUCCCGCGCUGGCUGCUUCCAGCUGCCGACUGCCCGACUGGUGCAGCAGUACACAUUACGCCUGGUCCCAAUGGCUCUUCCACAGCAGCCAUCAACACUGGCCUCAGGUCUGGAGUCCCAGCCACUGGUCGCCACAGUCAGUGUCAACGUCCAGAAAUAUGCCAUGAAGAAAAAGAAAGUUCUGAAUGCAGAGGAGACAGACCUGUUUGAGCUCACACAGGCUGCAGAUAUUGCAAUGGAUCAGGAGGUCUUCAAGAUCAUUGUGGAUCUGCUAAAGAUGAAUGUGGCCCCCCUGGCAGUGUUCCAGAUGCUCAAAGCAAUGUGUGUUGGUCAGAGAAUUACUGAUACCUCUGCAGGAGAGAGUUCCUCCACUGGGAUACAGAGCGCCACGUCGGAGCCCAGAGAAGAAUCAUUUGUCUCUGCCAAGAACAAUAAAAUCCCUGCACCACUCUCCUUUUCCUCUUCCCUUCGGCCUCCAAGACUAACCACUAAGAUGGUGGUCUGCAGUCCGGCUGAUGCUUGCUCGCCUCUCUCUCAAGGUCCCCCUGGUUCCUUCCAGUUUUCUUGCUGCCUGUUCACACCCUUUACAGUGAGAAACAAGCCAAGCCCUGCUGUGUGUGGCAGCCAGGUCACAGCAGAAAGGAGUGGGCGUGACGGCUCCAGCCAGCGAGCUCCUCGACAGCCCAGCGCCUCCAGGCUGCACAAGUCUGGGAAAAGCACAAGCAGCAGUGGCAUACAGCACAGCUCCAGUUAAUUACAGUGCACCGUCCAGUUCUGCGCUGCAACGGUCAGUCUCCAAGGACUGACGCUUCCACCUAUCUGUGGCACCAGACAUUUCUAUUGGACAAUACGUCAACAUCUGAAAAAAAAAAACCAAACAAACAUUUAGCAGUGUGUUUAAAAACAAAGCCCUUAGGUCGUGUUGUCUAGCCAGUCACGCUCAAGUCAGUAUUUUGACAUCAUGUUGUGUAACGGCACAAGGAGUGUUCAAUAAGACAAAUAAAACAACUGUAAGAGGAAAAACAAACUAGCUGUAAAGAGAUUUUGUUUUUGCUGGUUGCAAUUCUGUUGCUUCGUAGUUUUACCACUGGUAAUUAUUCCACACCUCCACACCAUUGAUUCCAGACUGGGAACAGCAGCAGAAACAGAAAUAUUACCGAAAUUACCCUGACACCUGACAAUGCAUUGUUCCCCAGGCUCACGGAGCAAUUUAUUUAUAUAAACACUUCUGUAUGUUCUUGUGUUUUUUAAAAUUAUUUUUAAAGCAACACAAAGUUGAUGUUAACGCAAUCAUACAUUCAUAAGCUUUCUUCUCCAAUCUCUUGAUUAAGAAGUAAUUGAGAGGCAGGUGUAGUGGGGGGAUUGACUGAAUACAAGGUACAAGCAAAGUUAUGUGUGUGGGUUUCUGUCAGUCUGACUGCUGGCUCAUACCUUGUAACUGGGACGGGUCUGCCAGUAUAUAGCUGGACGGGAUCGGGAGUGCAGAGGAGCAAGAACGAAGCAGCUGAACUACAAUCAACCAGUCCAAUCACUAAUCACAGGGUCUGUAAACAGCGAAACUGAGUGAGGCUGUCAUGACACUCAAAGAGGUGUGGACUGCUGGACAAACUGGACGCUUGUUAUUUGGACUAGUGGAAACGGGACCAUUUUAAACCUUUGUGUUUUUACAUUCAGUGCAGUGUCUUUUAUACUUUUAGCAUUUUAGUUGUCUUUUUACAUGGAAAGCUAAAGGCAGCUCUUCUGGGCAGUUUCUUUAAUGUACUGGGAACCUGCAGGAGGCAGUGACUUGUUUAAAGAGCACGGUGUUUAGGGGUUUCUUUGAUUCACAUUCUCGCUCCUUUACAGUUUUGCUUUAUAUUAGUUUGUUAUGUAUACUUGUUUGCAGUUUUCACUUGAUUGUGUUUGUGUGCCACAUGUUUGGGUAUGUAGUUUUGAUAGUUUGUUUGGUUCUUUUGGGCACUGUGGUGGUUACAACUAACUGCCUCUUGGGGUCCCUUGCUGUGUUGUCCCAGAUUUGGUUUUAGGUUUGCCGCCCAGGGUAGCUGCCUUGCGUUUGAGUGUUUGUACAUUUUAUAUUCAUUUUUGCUUAAUAAAGACCCUUGAACAUUA